CUCCUCCAGGAAGUCUCCCUGGCUUUGCUCCCACAUUUCCAGCAGGAACUCAGCUCUCACCAUCUUCCCCCUGGGGAUGGGGAAGGCAGGGUUCAGGCUGGGCCUCUCUUCAAACAGGACCAGCUGAUUAGGACCAGUGGGGUGGGGUGGGCUGCUGGGCCACCAGAUCGGGGUGGGAGAUCCUGGCACCUCCCACUGGGUCUGGCUCCCUUCCCCGCCCAGGAAGCUACCAGUCCUGUCAGACUCGUCCCUGGAGGGACAGGUGUGGGCCCUGAGUCUCACUUCAGUGUCUUCUCAGUUGCGGCCAGCACCAUGGACACCUCAUGGGCUCUGCCAGUCUUCCUGCUCUUCGCCUCCGGAGUAGAGGCCCUCAGAGCCUCUUCUGGAGUUCAGCGAACCAAUUCCAUCUCUGACUCAGAAAGCUCUUCCCAGGGCCCGGGUUCGAAUGUUCCCUCCAUCAAAUCCCCCCGCUGGAAAUUUCUGGAUCAGUCUCCAGGUUCAAAAGCCACUGCUGAUAUCCCCCAUUCCAAAUGGUUUCCUGAGGCCCUGAAUUCGAAUGAUAUGCCUGGGUCCUUCUGGUCAAAUAUUUCUGCUGAAGACGGAAAGUUGGGCAUGGAAAACAUCUUCUCCGGGAUCCCAGGUUCCCAAGUAUUUCCUGAUACCUUGGGUUCUCAAGUUCCCGCCAAAGACCCAGAACCUUCUUUCUCUGUUAAGACCCCAGCUUCAGACAUUUCUACUCAAGUCUCCGAUACUAAAGUAUCUGUGGAGGACCCAGGUUCAAAGUUCUUCCCCGAGGAUCUGGGUCUUAAAAUCUCUGCCGACAGCCUGGAAUCCAAAGUUCCAGCAGAGACCACCCCAGGGGCAAGCUUCCCCCAGCAGGUGGGGGGGCCUCUUGCAGUGCUGGUGGGGACCACCAUCCAGCUCCCCCUGGUUCCAGUACCCAGCCCUGGGCCCCCUGCCCCUCUGGUGGUCUGGCGCCGGGGCUCCAAGGUGCUGGCAGCUGGGGGUCUGGGGCCAGGGGCUCCUCUGAUUAGCCUGGACCCGGCUCACCGAGACCGCCUACGAUUUGACCAGACUGGAGGGAGCCUGGAACUCGCCUCUGCCCAGCUGGAGGAUGCCGGGGUCUACACGGCCGAGGUCAUCCGGGCUGGGGUCUCUCGGCAGAUUCGGGAGUUCACGGUGGGAGUGUAUGAGCCCCUGCCCCAGCUGUCGGUGCAGCCCGAGGCCCCGGAGACAGAGGAAGGUGCAGCCGAGCUCCGGUUGCGCUGCAUGGGGUGGCGGCCGGGUCGCGGGGAGCUGAGCUGGAGCCGGGACGGACGCGCACUGGAGGCAGCGGACCCGGAGGGAGCGGAGCCGCCCCGGAUCCACGCGGAGGGCGACCAGCUAAUCAUCGCGCGCCCUGUGCGCAGCGACCACGCUCGAUACACUUGCCACGUCCGCAGCCCCUUCGGCCACACCGAGGCCGCGGCUAACGUCAGCGUCUUCUACGGCCCGGAUCCGCCGGUCGUCCAGAUCUCCUCAGACCGCGACGCCACCCCCGCCCUCUACGUUACCGCGGGCAGCAACGUGACCCUGCGCUGCACCGCCGCCUCGCGGCCGCCAGCCGACAUCGCGUGGAGCCUGGCGGACCCCGCCGAGGCCGCGGUGCCCGCCGGCCCGCGCCUCCUGCUGCCUGCUGUCAGGCCCGGCCACGCCGGCGCUUACGGCUGCCUCGCCGCGAACCAGCGCACAGGCCGCCGCCGCCGCUCGCUGCUCAACCUGACCGUCGCGGAUCUGCCCCCCGGGUCCCCACAGUGCUCAGUCGAAGGGGGUCCCGAGGAACGCAGCCUCCGCUUCCGCUGCUCGUGGCCCGGCGGGGUUCCUGCCGCCUCCCUGCAGUUUCAGGGUCUCCCAGAAGGCGUCCGCGCGGGGCCGGUACCUUCUGUGCUCCUGGCCGCUGUCCCCGCGUACCCCCGUCUCAGCGGCGUCCCUGUCACCUGCUUUGCUCGACACCUGGUGACCACGCGCACCUGCACUAUCACCCCGGAGGCCCCUCAAGAAGUGCUACUGCAUCCAGUGGUGGAGGAGACACGGUCAGGGGAGGCAGAGGUGGCACUGGAGGCCUCUGGCUGUCAGCCACCUUCGAGAGCAUUCUGGGCACGGGAAGGGCGGCCCCUGGCCUCAGGAGGCAGGGGGAGACUGCGUCUCAGCCAAGACGGGCGGAGGCUCCUCAUUAGCAACUUCAGCCUGGACUGGGACCUGGGAAAUUACUCUGUGUUGUGCAGUGGGGUGCUGGGUGCUGGGGGCAACCAGAUCACCCUCACUGGACCCUCCAUCUCCUCAUGGAAGCUGCAGAGAGCCCAGGAUGCAGCAGUGCUGACUUGGGAUGUGGAGCGUGGGGCCCUUAUCAGUGGUUUUGAGAUCCAGGCACGGACAGAAGGGCCUGACCCGGGCAGAGCCAAUACCUACCAAGACUGGGUUUCCCUCCUCAUGCUGGGGCCUCAGGAGCGGUCAGCCGUGGUGCCCUUCCCUCCUCAGAACCCUGGGAAAUGGGCCUUGCGUAUCCUGCCCACCCUGGGGAGCCUUCCAGGGACCCCAUCACAAAGCCGGGUCUACAAUACGGGCCACACCCUGGGUACCGGGGCCAUCGCUGGCAUCGUCCUGGGCUCCCUACUAGGCUUGGCACUCCUGGCAGCGCUUAUUCUCCUGUGUAUUUGCUGCCUGCGCCGUUUUCAGGGAGAAACUCCCGAGAAAAAGAAGUAUCUCCCUACCUUUAAGUCUGUGGCCCCCUCACCAGAAAAGAAGACGCAGAGCGUGGUCCCAGCGCAGAUCCCACAGCCGCUGCCCCUCAAAGCCCCAAUGGAGGACGCUGGCAUAACCAGGGCUCACCAAGCCACCGGCCCCCGUCCAGUCAUCUCUCCAGGUGGCGGCCCGAAAACUGUUCGAGCAGCCACGCAGGUGUGACCAGGACUAAUGGCCUGCUCUGUGCAGGACUUUUUGGGUGGGACUUCCUGUUUCUCCGCAGCAGCAGGCGUGGCCUUCCUGUACUGCUGUGACUGAAGGUUGGACCCCGAAUGUGGGACUUCCUGUCUCCCUCUCUCACCUCAGAAGACUCUACCCAUAUUUGUGCAACUAAGGAGAGGGGACUCCUGGGCUGGGAGAGACCCCUGCUUACCUAACAGUGUGGUUUGUGGACCACCAAGCAGCCAAGACAUGCGGGCUGUGCUGCGGAAAAGCGGUGCUUACUGUGCUGCUCGGAGUAGGAGGGGGGCCCUGCCUCAUCUCUGAAAAGGUCUUCCUAUAUCCACUUUUGCGUCCUAUGGGCCAUACCCACCCAGUUUCCAGAAUCUUUAUCUUAAAACAGAUCAGAUCACAUCUUUCUUCUCUUUAAACCCGUCUAUGGCUGCCCAUUGCCAUUCUGAUAUUGUCCAAACUCAUCAUGACCUUCAGAGACUAGUAGUUUGGCCUCCGUUGGCCCCUCUGACCUCUCCUUCCAGUACUUUCCCUGCUGCCACUCCAGGAGCACAGGCUUUCUCUCUGCCACACUUUAUUUUUGCCUUAGGCCUUUGCUCCUAGAGUUCACUCUGCCUGGAGCACAACUCUUUUCCUUGUGUUGUUCAUUUCUCAAGUGUAAAGGUAACGGUUAGUGAGUGAGGGGCAAACUGGAAGGGUCCCUACAUAAAAUCCUAUUGGAGACCUUCUCUAAUGCCUGCCUCUGUCAUAGAUUAGGUCCUGGGGACCUUGAACCUGUUGCUUCUCAUCCAUAAAUACAUCAUUACUUGUUUAGCCUCUGAUUCCCUUUCUAAACAGAGCUUCGUGACGACAGAGACCAUAAUGUUAUCCCCAGAACUUAACACAGAGCCUAGCACACAGCAGGCAAUCAAUGAAUAUUGGUUAACUGAUCACAUUUUGGUGCCAGUGGAGGGCAGGGUUUGCUGCUGCUCUCCUCAACACGUCUUCCUUUCUCAGCUGGGUUUCCAGACGGAAAUUUAGGGGGUGCGUCAAUGAAGAUUCUUUUGGCUGCAAGCAACAAUAUAAAUGGUGGCAAGAAAUACGGAAGUGGGUGGUUUCAAGGCUGGCUCAGCAACUUAGUGACCCCAUCAAGGACCUGGGCUCUUUGCAUCCUUCUGCUCUGCCAUCCUCAGUGAGUUGGCACAUUGUCUCAUUUAGCAGGAUGGCUACUGCAGCUCCAGGUAUCACAUCUUCACACAACUGUAUCUGAAGACAAAAAGAGAGGAGGAGGGUUUUCUUACACCUUCACCUUGACCAACCUCAUGCAUGGGGAAAAACUUUCCCGGAAGCCUAUCAGAAAACUUCCUUUAGGUCUCAUUGACCAAAAACUGGCUCUAUCACUGCAAGGAAGGGUGGGAAACCAAACAUCUCCGCCUGUAUCAUGGGACGUGGGUCUGACGGCAAAGAAGAAAGGGAACAAAGUGCUAAAGCAUAGAAAACCAGAAUCUGUCUCAGGGAAGGAAAGGAUGUGAGGCGUUCUGGUGAAAGAUUGGGAUGAAAGAGGCCUUUGGAUCAUAGAGCUCUUGGAU